UGCCGCCCUGUUUUCCCUUAGCUGGGGGUCACUCCAUAGCUCUCCCAUGGCCCUGCUAGGCAGCUCAUGGUGGGCAAGCCACCCUCAGUCCCUGCUGCCUGGGGCCAGUCUGUCCAGAACCUGCGUCUUUGAAGGGGACACUUAGAGGGGAGAGCCCUGGGUCAGGAAGGAAUCAGCACAUGGGGUCAGCACGCAGGCCCACGGAGCUGAUUCACCCCCGCCCCCCAAGGAUAUCUGUCUUCAUCAGAGGCUCUGUGGUCUGGAGCAGGUCCGGCCUCUUUGGCCUGCCCCCGUCGGCUCCGCUGCCACAGCCCGAGGACCCCCCUGUCAACGGCUGCAACGGCCCGGCCCCCCCAGAGCAGGACGGAGAGGCAAUGCAGCUGGGGACGGGCCCUCCGCCAGCGCCCUGUGGGGACCAGGCCCCCGAGACCACGGGCCCCAAGCCACCCCCGCCUUUCGUGCCACCGUUCCCGCCGUACUUUGAGGGAGCCCCCUUCCCUCCCCCACUCUGGCUGAGAAGCACCUACCGGCAGUGGGUCCCGCAGCCGCCGCCCCGGGCCAUCAAGAGGACCCGCCGGCGCCUGUCCCGGAACCGAGAGCCCGGCCGGCUGGCCCUGAGCCCCAUCCGUCUGCGGCCGCGCCAAGUGCUCUGCGAGAAGUGCAAAAGCACCCUGAGCCCCCCUGAGGCCGGCCCCGGCCCCCCAGCGGCCCCUCAGCCGCGCCGCAGGGCGGGCAGCGUUCCCGGCCCCGACACAGAACCCCGCAAGCUCGCGGACCCUGAGGGCGGAGGGGACAGCGCGGCCAGCGCCACGAGGAGGAGCAAGAGAGAGAAGCGGGAGGAGGGCAAGGCCCGGGUGCCCCGGAGCCCGGCCAUCAAGAUCUCCUACAGCACGCCGCAGGGCACGGGCGAGGUGGUGGAGAUCCCCUCGCGCGUGCACGGGUCCCUGGAGCCCUUCUGCCCCGCCCAGGCCCCACACGGGGGCGGCCAGGACCCCGCUGGCCCCCCCGCCUCCAUCCCCAAGCUAAAGCUGACGCGUCCUGGACCCCCUGGCACCGGCCUGCCGCCCCCCAAGAUCCGCUUGAAGCCCCGGCCCCGGGGGGCUGGGGAGCGGGAGCCCGUGUACCGGGCCGAGCUGGUGGAGGCACUCAACGGCCACGGGCGGGGCCCCCGGGCCGGCUCCCCCGCUCGCCUCGGCCACGGCUCUGCCGGUCGUGGGCCCGUGGACUCUUCUUCCGGAAGCUCCGGCGAGGACGAGGACUUCAAGCCGAGCGCCCAGGCUCAGCGCGGGCGAGAGGGCCUGGCUUUCCUUGCCACCUGCCCCGGGCGGGGGCCAGGGUGCGCCGGCGAGUCGGUGUGGAGCAGCGACAGUCCGGACGAGUCCAGAUCGUCCAGCUCGGAAGUCACGUUCCCAGACACGUGUGACCUCUCGUCGGGCGACGGCGCGUCGGUGCGGUCCUCGUCCAAGGACCCGAGGCAGACGGUCCCGCCGCUCACGGUCCGGCUGCACACACAGAGCGUCUCCAAGUGCGUUACCGGGGACGGAAGGACGGUGGCCGUGGGGGACAUCGUGUGGGGUAAGAUUCACGGUUUCCCCUGGUGGCCAGCGCGUGUGCUUGACCUCAGUCUUAGCCAGAAGGAGGACGGGGCGCCCUCCUGGCAAGAAGCCAAGGUCUCGUGGUUUGGUUCCCCGACGACGUCGUUCUUGUCAACUUCGAAGCUCUCCCCGUUCUCGGAGUUUUUCAAACUGCGAUUUAACCGUAAGAAGAAGGGAAUGUACCGGAAGGCCAUCACGGAGGCCGCCAACGCCGCGCAGCACGUGGCCCCAGAAAUAAGGGAGCUCUUGACCCAGUUUGAGACCUAGGUCGGGCGACCAGGAACGUGCUGAGAAGGGACGAGGGCCCCCCAGCGAGCAUCUGGCGAGGAAGCUGACCUGGACUGGGGAUCCGGGAAGGCUUCCUGGAAGAGGUGACAUAUGGCUGAGCGCGAACGGUCACGGACGGUGAAAGCACAGCGGGGCUGUCCGGAACUUCCGACUUUGGGGCGCCCUCCACGUCCCCCAUUCCGUCGGAGGGACCCGCGUGCCUUCUGGCCGGCUGCGUGCGGAAACGUGCCCGGCCCGGGGGUCCGCCUGCCUGCGGUUCCCCAGAGAGAAGCAGGCGUGUCCCGCACAGGGGACGGCGCCCCCCGGGCACAGGCUGCUCUGUGGAUGUAUUUGUUCCCUCGUCAGACUCCGGGUGCUCUGGGCUGUGACGUUCCGGGAGCCCAGCCACAGCCUACGGCUGCCUGCGCAGCAGGGAGAGGCACCCCAGUGUCAGGGCUCGGGGCCGGGCCCAGCGCGGGGUCUCUGCGUCCUUGAGAACCGGGCAGCCUGCCUCCCCUACGUCCCUCCCAAAGCUGGGGUCCUGCCCGGUGCCCAGCACCUGCCCCGGGGCCGCGACCUGGCCCGCGUGUGUACCAACAGGCUCCGCCCUCCUUUCUGUCACUUUAAAGACCAAAAAGAGAAACCGAAAAUGGCUUCUGCUCUUUGUUGAAACGUGAGCGAGAAUGAAGGAAGGUCUGCGCA